AUGAAAAAAAAAGGAAAAAGUAACGACGAAAAAAAAUUAAUCCUGUAUGACAUCCUGUUGGAGAGUGAAUCCUUUUUUAUUUUAAGGGAGUUGGAGACUCUGGGUCAAAAGAAAGGAAUCCGCUCUAUGUUCGUAAAGGACUUGCUGCAACAGUUAGUGGAUGAUAAUAAAGUGAGGUCAGAGAAAGUCGGUUCACAGAAUAUUUACUGGGUGCUGAAAACGGAAGAGUCAUCAAUCUUACAGAAUUCGUUCCAAGAGAUAAAAGAAGAAAAGGGGGAAUACGAGGAUAAUGUAAAAAGGGAAAAGGAAGGAUAUGAAGAAUUGACUAACUCAUUAAACAUUUCACAGGAUGACUUGCGAAGUAAACUAGAAGAAGUAAAAACGUUAAUAAAUGAGUUGGGAAAAAAAAAAAAUGAAUUGGGAAAUAUAAAAAAGAUGGAUAUAAAACAAAUAGAAAAGAUGAAAAUGCAAAAUGAAUGUGCUGUUGAGUCUAUAGAAAGAUGGAACAACAAUAUAUUUUUGGUAAAACAGUGGAUUCAAGAUAGAACAGAUAAACCUUCAGACACAGUUGAUAGAUUAUUGGGAAUCAAAGAUAUAUUUCACAAAUGGAACUGA